UCAGUGUCGCUGAAAACGGCGUAGACCAUAAGUUCUGUAUUAAUGGAAUGAUAGGUUUCCUAACCUAAAUUACCGUCAAUUUUAAUUAAUAUCUCGCUCCGCAAAGCAAAACGACGAUUUUUUCAAAGGAAAGUUAUUUGUCUUGCAAAAACGCGUCGAUUAAGUAUUUCUUCGUCGUUAUUGGAGACGCAUCACAUCAUCAGCACAUUGCAAUUAACACAGUAUUAAGAUAAAGAAAAAUUCGCGGAGAGUGAUACAGACGUCUGUCCUGGGACUAAAUAUAAAUCACAACGAUACGACUAGCGACGAAGUGCAGUCAAAUAGGCUCAGCCAGAUUGAGUCACUUACUCGUUGACCGUUGCAGGAGGAAGACGUUCUCUUGUUGGACAGAUAAGAUGGCAAAGGAAACGAAAAUUAAAUAUACUCAACUUUUCAUCAAUAAUGAAUUCGUGGAUUCUGUGAGCGGCCGUAAAUUUGCCACUAUUAAUCCUGCUAAUGGCAAAAUUAUAGCCGAAAUUUCAGAAGGAGAUAAGGCUGACAUAGAUAAGGCAGUAGAAGCUGCUAAACGGGCGUUUGAUAGAAAGUCAGAAUGGCGCAAAAUGAGUGCGUACGAUCGUGGACAGCUUAUGCACAAGUUCGCAGAUCUUAUCGAACGUGAUUUAGAUUAUAUCGCUACACUCGAAACUCUUGAUAACGGAAAGACGUAUGCAAACGCCGUCGGUGAUAUACAAGCAAGUAUCGCCUUUCUUCGUUAUUAUGCGGGCUGGUGUGAUAAGAUAGUUGGAACUACUAUACCGACAGGUGACGCCAAUUUUACAUUGACUCGGAAAGAGCCGAUCGGCGUUGUAGGGCAAAUUAUUCCUUGGAAUUAUCCCUUCAUGAUGUUAUCUUGGAAAUGGGGUCCUGCAUUAGCUACUGGAUGUACCAUGGUAUUGAAACCAGCGGAGCAAACACCCUUGACCGCACUUUAUGCGGCCGCUCUUGCGAAGGAGGCAGGAAUACCAGCGGGUGUCGUAAAUGUCAUUCCAGGUUACGGUCCAACUGCUGGUGCAGCUAUUGCUGAACACCCAGACAUUCGUAAAGUCGCUUUCACCGGAUCUACCGAGGUCGGACAUAUCAUAAUGGAAGCCUCUGGUAAAAGCAACCUGAAGCGUGUUAGCCUUGAAUUAGGUGGCAAAAGUCCACUCGUUAUCUUCGACGAUGUUGAUGUAAAAGAAGCGGCAAAAAUCGCGUAUGGCGCAAUAUUUAACAAUCAUGGACAAAAUUGUUGCGCGGGAUCGCGUACAUUCGUGCAUUCGAAGAUAUAUGACGAGUUUGUUAAAUAUGCCAAGCAAUUGGCACUCGAUAGAAAAGUAGGAGACCCAUUCGAUCCUAAAAUGGAACAAGGCCCACAAAUCGAUCAGGAGAUGUUUGACAAAGUGAUGGGCUUAAUAAAUUCGGGCAAACAGCAGGGUGCUGCUGUGGAAGCUGGCGGAGAACGCAAAGGCGAUGUCGGUUUCUUUGUACAGCCCACAGUCUUCUCAAACGUAACUGACAAUAUGAGAAUCGCCAAAGAAGAAAUUUUCGGCCCUGUCCAAUCGAUUUUGAAAUUCGACACUAUAGAUGAAGUGAUUGAACGUGCGAACCGCACUAAUUAUGGUCUUGCUUCCGGCAUAAUUACUAAAGAUAUUAAUAAAGCUUUGAUAUUCGCACAAGCUGUAGAAGCAGGCAGCGUUUGGGUGAAUUCUUAUGAUGGUCUUACACCCCAAACACCAUUUGGUGGAUUUAAACAAUCUGGCAUGGGACGUGAAUUGGGAGAAGAGGGCUUACAUGAAUAUCUUGAAAUUAAAACUAUUAACAUCAAGAUCGCAAAUGGAAACUAAUAUUAAAAAAUGUAUGAUAUCUACUAUCCUAAUUCCGUUUUUAUUAUGAUUAUUAUUAUUAUAUAAUUUUAUUCCUAUGAAAUUUUAAUUUAGUACAUAAAAUAAACUACAUACUACAU